GUUGAGUGAAAGCGCAGAUAAACGUGAAACAGAAACUGAAAACAACUGCAGGAUGUCAGAAUGAAAGUGAAUCGUGAAAGGAUAAGGUUAUAAACGCUUCUCCUGCAUCCAGCACGUUUCUAAUCCACUCCUGACUGCAGAACAGGGAACAGAUCUUCCACUUCAUCUUAAAGUUAAAGUCAGCAAGAGGAACUGCAACGAUGACUUAUGGAGACAUCAAUAGAGUUGAAACUUCAGGUGCUUCUGAGAAAACCUCUCAGCAGGAUAGACUGGGUUACUCUGGUGUGAGGGCAUCAGAAACCAUGGCCCAAAUGGAUUCUGAAAGAAUGAAUAAGUACAGAUCAAAAAUCAACAGAGUGGGAAAUCAGUCUGGUAUUGAUCCAGCCCUUAUUGCUGCUAUCAUCUCCAGAGAGUCCAGAGCUGGAAACGCCCUGACUGACGGUCAGGGGGAUCACGGUAACGCCUGGGGACUCAUGCAGGUGGAUAUUAGAUAUCACCGUAAGGAAGGAGACUGGGACAGCGAGGAGCAUCUCCGCCAAGCUACAGGGAUCCUUGUUCACUUCAUUGAAAGGAUUCAGAACAAGUUCCCGAACUGGAGCAGAGAGCAGCAGCUGAAAGGUGGAAUAGCGGCCUACAACAGUGGGGAUGGUAAAGUCCAUUCAUAUGAAAAUGUGGAUGAAAACACAACUGGCAAAGAUUACUCCAAUGAUGUUGUUGCCAGAGCCAAAUGGUACAAAAGAAAUGGUUUCUAAAGUCUGCGGCUGAUAAACCAGAGUGUGUUCAGCUAAAAAGAAAAAAUACUUUCAUGCAUGCAACCAUUUUAGAUGACUAAAUGCUUUAUUUAUGUCUUCACAGUGAAAUAAAUACCUUCAACAAAAUUAAAUCCAUUUGUUGAAUACACAGAUUAAACAGUAGUCUGUGUAGAUUUAUAUUUAGUCUGCGCUAAACUGGUGGGAAAGUCGUGUUUAGAAUCAACAGCGUCCAUUAUUCCCACAGUGUAACAUCUGAUGCGUAAAGAGAAAUUCAUGUUCUGUGCAGAAUGUUUUGGAUUUGUAAUCAAAUACCACUGAAUAAAUUUUAAUAAAAUGGUAAAUACUUACUAUUGAAAUAAAUGUAACAAAAUAUACAUUAUUUUCUCUUGUUGCAACCAAAUGCAAUUAACUGAAGACUGCAACAUUUUCAUGGCAGCAGUUUAUUUGUUGACUUUAGGCUUGAUGACUUCACAAAAGACUUGGGAUUCAAUUUGCCACUAAUAACUUCACUCAAACUUGAGCCUUUUGACCUGAAAACAGCUGAUAUCUUACACCAAACAGACAGUGCGUCAUUUAAGAGAAACUGACUCUCUCUUGUACUUUAAACAAUCAAUUUUCUUUGUUCCUGUCAGUUUGCACUGAUUACCCAGAACCUGCAGGUCUGAACUCCACAUGCAAUCAAGUGUAAGUGAGGUAAAGAGGUUCAGUGAGAUAACUGUCUGCCAAUUAGAGAAAAAUCAUGUCUGUGGUCAUUUCAUUUGUUUACGUAGGCGUUAGAGAGGCCAUAAUGUCCAACAAGUUAAAAACUAAAGAGGAGUAUGACCAGUGUCGUAUAGUCUUGCUUGCUUGUUAAAUCCAUUAAGUGUUUUAUUACGUUCCUGCUCAGAUGUAAACCCAAGAAGCUGUGACAGAUUGGCUUUUGAUGCAGAAGGAAGUACUCUGCUAUCCUUGCAGUGCUUUUAAUGUAACGUCACAUAACUAAUGCUGCCUUCAUUGAAACAUCUGGUUACUUACACUAAUUAGGCUGCACUCUAAGCCUGAUUUAAACCCCAUUCAGUCCAUCUAAUGUCAUAUAUUGAGGCUUUUGAGGGGAAAGUUGCAGAUGGAUGAUGGGGAAUUUACUGAUGAGCUUACAAAACUCAGAGGAAACUCAGAAAUUAGGGUGAUAGGAACAUAAGAUUGUGACAGAAUGAAGCUAAGGAGUUUAAAUACUGUAGAGACAUGAUUGUGGGAUGGGAAACAGGUGAGUAUGAUAAACAAAAUGAAGAGCAGCUGGGGAGAAUCUAAGAAAGGAGCUGAGGUAGGAAGAAAAAAUGGAAACAGGAAACCAUUAGAAUAAGACAGAGUACACAUAACACCAAAAUUAUUUCCAUAAAACUUACCUAGUCAAGACCAGUUGUACUUUGGUUUUAAUUUGAUGAAAUGUUGUUUAAAGAGUCAGAGCUCCUGUGUAACAUGGAGAAGGACUAGAAAUGGAUUUUGCCCAAACUCAAAAUUCGAUCCAUUUGUUGAAUUUUUAUCUGAUAAACACAAAGUACAGCACGCUUUCGAAAUGAAAGGAAAAUAAUCCAUUAUUUUUCAGGUUUUCAGAAAUGCAAAUCUGUGAGCACAUUUAUUCUGGUAACACUAAAUAGAAUAAACUAAUUGCCUUCAGAAGAGUAAAUAUUUAACGUUUUCAACAAACCACAUAAGUGACAAAGUAUUCAUCCGAAAAAAGGUGAUCAGGAUGCAGACGACAGUUAAAAAAAAAAAUAAAAUCUGUAGUCAGAGCUUUGAUAGUACAAAUAAAAGUAUUUCUUAUAGCUUCAUACAAAUUAGACUUAUAUGAAAAUGGUAAAAUAAAUACCUUUCUGUAAGUCUUAAAGGUUGCAAAUCCCAUGGCCAGAAACAUUUCUCUUAUACAACACUAUUAAAUAAAAUAACUUAAUGAUACGCUAAGAAGUUUUGAAACUUUCCACCUUUUAUUGCCUUUUCUUCUGUUGGCACAAGAAGUAAACAUGAGAGACAUCUCUGCAAAUCUAUUCGGAUCUCAGAAAUGUAUUAAGAAAAUAUUUAUUUUUGAAAGGUUUAGUGCAGAGCGCAGCAGUUGCUAAACAUGUAAAUUCCAUCCAAAGCUGCAGCUUUUCUUAUAAAUGGAUGCUUUAGGCCACAAAAGAUACACGAGGUGAUCUGCAGCUGAGCGAAGUCUGUAGACACAUGACACCUGAUCAACAGAACAGCAGAAGGAUUUCUGUCCUCAAAGUGUUUUCUGUGAUGAAGGAGAAAGGUCAGAGGUCAGCGGCAGGUGCAGUGGUGCUCCUGGUGCUGCCGCAGGUCCACUUUUUGCUGGAAGCUGUAGUGGCAGAGAGUGCAGCGGUAGGGCCGGUCGUCUCUGUGCUUUCGGCUGUGUGUGAUGAGGUUGGAGCUCUGGCUGAAUGCUUUGCCGCAUAUCUGGCAAACAUGAGGCUUCUCCCCUGCAAAAGGCCAAUAGGUCAAGGUUAAGGAGUUUCUGAAGGGCUGAAUUGCACAUGAUGUCAUUCCUCUAUUUCAUUUCUACAUGAUAUUAAUGAUUAAAAGGCUAUUGAUUCAAAUUCAAAAAUACUUUAUUGAUCCCAAAGAGAAAUUAAAUGUUGUUGUAACUCAUAUUUGUUUAAAUUAAGAGUUACUGUAGAUAGUAAUGGAUGUUGGCAGGAAAGAUCUCUUUCUAGAUCAUUGUUUCUAAGUGAAUAUGAACUUGUUCUCUUUGUCUGAAAGCACUGCAUCUUUUUUGUUAUUUUGACCAUUUCUCAUUUUCUGCUAAUAAAUGCAAAAUGUUUGCUUGGGACUUC